AUGCUGAGCAGCCCCUGUGCACGCACGAAACGGAGCCCUUGUUUGCUGUUUCCAGUGACCCUCCGCUUUGCGCUGGAAUUUGUGGUAUGCCUGCGCUGCGCACUAGUGACUGACAAUGGCAUCGAUAGCGACGAUGAUUCUGGAGCAAUCGCUACUUCGGCUGGCGCGAUCGUCUCGUCCACCCUUACACCCACUCUAUUAGGCACCAUCCCGGGGCCUGAUGGGAUAGGCAGCACGUCCUCUGCAGAUGCCUUGCCAUCACCCAGCUCUUCGGUCGGAGCCAGCAACAACACCAACUCGAGCAGCGGCACGAUGAACGCCGCGGGAACAAACAGCCAAAGUGCCGCCUCCAAACGCGGGGUCAUCGCCGGUGCUGCCGUAGGCAGCACUCUCGGGCUCCUCGUUCUGAUCAUCGCCGUUCUCUUCUUCCUGCGCCGGCGUGCCCAGCGCUCACGCGCCACCGCCUCGCGCCCGCUGAAGAAGUACUUCAGCUCACAAGGGAGCGUGCUGGGGUGGGGUCCGGACCCAUUCGACCGAAGCACGGCAAUCGAGUCCGUGCGCACUGCCGCGGACGCGUUCCGUGGCCCAGGUAUGAUCCAGCACGUGAGCCCCGCGCCGAGCGUCUACUCGGCACGCACGAUCAUCCAGAACAUGUCGCGCCCGCCGCAGAUCCCGCCCUUCGACCAGGGCGUGGGAGACGCAGGAGGAGGAGGAUUCGGGCUGGGCGACACGACGCCGCGCUCGUGGACGACGUUCCAGCAGCAGCGCUCGCCCCUGCGAAACAGCACGUCGUCGGCGGGGAUGAACGCACGCUCGCCCUCCAUAGCUGUGCCCCUCAUGUCACUCACCGCGAGCGACGCCUACCCGCUCUUCAGCCCGCCCGCGAUGUCCGUGGUAAGCUCCGUGCCCGGCCCGACAAACUUCGACUCGAACCGCUCUUCGAAGGCUUCCUCGAGCUUCUACUACAUGGGCAACGCGGACAACCCUGGUCCACCUCGUGGACGGAGCGUUGCCGACUCUGUCGACCCGUUCCGCGACUCCGUGGUGAUUGGAGGUAGCAGCGGGUAUGGCGGGCGGAGGCGGUCCCUCGCGGACAACGUUGAUCCGUUCAAAGACACUGCGAGCACGCAUUCGGGCAUGUACUCGCCACCGGGGCGCGCGCUGUAGUAAUUCAGCACGGUGUUCAGACCGAAAACAUCUACGGACAACGACGCGGUAACGGCUGCAUGCGAAUAAACGGAUCUAAUCAACGACGAAACGUUCCCUU